UACGGUGAAGUCAUUUUGUCGUUCGUUAUCCUGGUUGUUGCGCCAUGCUUAGACUGUUGAGCCGAGAUUCUCGGUCGGGUUUGGCCCACCGUCAACCGUUUAGACGUCCUACAACUAGUAAUGCAUAUACCUCGCCAACCCGAAGAUCCUUUACUCGCUCAACUAUUCGGAGAACGGAGCAAGAAACCGCUGCGAAGGAGACGGAGUCCAUGGUGAGCAGUUUAUGAUGUCAUGUAGGUAGUGGCCAUGUCAUAGAAAUCUCUAAUAAUGGUUUACAAUGGAAGUCUAUUGGAGGACCUAUACAUGAGCAAGAAGCAUUGAUGUAUCUGGAUAACACGUUUCCACUGCGUGUUGGAUUUUGGGACGUGCGUCAAUACUUGUUUCGCAAUACUGAGAAUUCGAUCAAGUCAAAGAUUGACACAUUGGUGCCUAAGGACAAGAUCCCUUGUAAUUUCGAGGUCGAACAUGCUAUCCCACGAACAAAGGACGGUGGUGCUUUUGUGCAAUUCAAGUACAAGUCUGACACACAAAGUGCUUUGUCGGCUCCAAAAGUCAUUAUGAAGCAUGUUACGGAACAUCUGAAAGAACACAAUACCAUCACUUACUUCAACUUUCAACCUGUACGAGCGUUUCUUGUCAAAGGAGAGCCUUUUAUGGAGGACAUUGUAUCUCGGUACCCUUCAUUGAAGCUGAAAGUUGAAUUUCAAGGUCCUGACUUGACCAUCGAGCAAUUGUACAAUAACUUUCGUCCGUACGGAAGAAUCUUCGAUAUCUCUAUCUUGAGUCCAGCCUCUAAAGAACUUCCACGAUAUGCUAUGAUUCAAUUCACACGCAUGCGUUCAGCAACAAGUGCCAGAAACUGCUUACAUGGUUUGAAAUUGGAAGGCACUCGACUUAAUAUUGGAUAUGAAAGUCAAAUGCGCACCAACAUCUUCAAACAAUGGGUCGUGGAUCAUCCUCGUAUCACCAUCCCAGUCGCUGCUGCAUCCUUGGCUGGUGUUACUUAUGUUAUCUUCGACCCCGUUCGAGUGUUCUUUAUUCACGCAAAGGUUACCCAACGAUUUAAUCCUGAUGAAUAUGCAUUGUACCGAUGGCUGCGUAGAGAAACCUGGGCCAGGUUGAUGAGUCAUGGUGGAGAUGAUGGUACUACCGAUGCUGGAGCAUGGGCUGACAGAGAAGAAGAUGGUCAAAAGAUUAAGGAAUGGCUCAACGAAAGCCCUGAAACAUUCAUUGUGAUAAGCGGACCAAAGGGAAGUGGAAAGUCUGCCUUGAUUAAGGGAGCGACGGACAAGAAGAGAAAUAUCAUUCGCAUUCAAGGAGAAGAAUUGGCCAACGCCCGAAACAAGAACGAGAUCACCACUAUCCUGGCCAAACAGCUGGGUUACUAUCCAGUUUUCACAUGGAUUUCAUCAUUCAAUCAACUUAUCGAUACCCUUGUAACCGCAACGACUGGACAGAAGGCAGGGUUAUCGACCACGCCCGAUAAUCAAAUCAAGCAAAUCCUCGAAAUUGCAGCAAUCGCAUUGCGCAAGGUGUCUGCUGACAUUGACGCUCAGCGUCAAGAAAACUCUAUUGAUGCCAAGAAACCUUGGUGGAAGACCCUCUUCUCCAAAGUAGAGGAGAAGGACGAGAAGGAUCACAAAGACGAUGGAGGUGAAGACAACAGCGAUUUACCUAUAGUCAUUAUUGAUAACUACUUGUUCAGAGAGACAAGUGUUAGUUCAACACUGUGGGAUGAGCUAGCUGAGUGGUCUGCAGUUUUGGUGGAAAAUGGCAUUGCACAUGUCAUCUUCGUAAGUGCCAAUGUCGGUAUCACAAAGAGCUUAGGCAAAGUUAUGCCAAACAAGACAUUUGAGAGUAUUCUCUUGUCAGAUGCUCCCUUGGAAGCUUCCAUUAACUAUGUCAGCAAGCACCUGGACGACUACGAGGGUGAUGAAUCAUUGCAGCAAGUUGUGUCUGUUCUAGGUGGAAGAUUAACGGAUCUUGAACUGUUGGUGCAGAAGAUGCGUGCUCAUCUCACUCCAGAAGAGGCGCUCAAUGAUAUUGUUCAGCGCAACAUGAUCGAAAUUCGAAAGUACGGUUUCGGAGAGGACCUCAGUGAUACCGAAGAUUUGUCCUGGACUGGCAUUCAGUUCUGGCAAGUCGUUAAACUACUGGCAACCACCAACACUAUAAACUAUGAAGAGUUGAAAUGGGGUCCCUUCUUCAAAGGUGCGGACAAGCCAUUCCAAGGAAUGGAGCACUCUGAACUUAUCACCAUUGUUCACAAAGAUGGUUGGCCACAUUCAAUUCGACCUGGUAAACCAGUUUACCAAGCAGCAUUUGACCGUCUCAAGAACGAGCCAGUCUUCGCUGCAACAAUGGAUUUGCAAUCUUACAACUUCUUAAUAACAGCGACAAAGGAAGACAUCAAAUCUUAUGAAGAGGAAAUCAACAAGCUAUCCGCACCAUUUUCUGGAAGACCUCCCAGAGAGGUGGAAAGCAGAAUCCGCUAUCUUCUUCAAAAGUUGGCAGAUGGCCAGAAAGCUAUCGAGGGAUAUGAAAGCCAAGUUAAAAUUGCCAAAGAUACCAUAUCCAAGCGAUGGUCAGAUGUGUAGAGGGCGGAGAUGUAUGAAAGUAUUAGCACUAAGGAAUAAUAAAUGUCAAAUUUCCUAACGGUAUAGUCAAUCCCACAUCAAGAAUUACAAUAUAGUCAAGCUAAUAAGCGACCACUAGCAGAGUGUAAUUGCAGGAGAGGAGAGAACGGGGGUUAUGGAGAAACAGCAAUUUUGUACUGUGAAAUUGGGCGG